AUGAAUUCAGACAGGACCCGGUCGCGCAGGGAGCGCACCUUUGUGGGGAGCGAGUGCGCCGUGUGCGAGGAGCCGUUGGAACACACGCUCCGGGGCGAGAGGAUAUUGCAGUUCUCGUGCACCCACGUGGCCCACGAGGCGUGCUUCUACGAGUUCAUCCGCGAGUUUGAUUCCCAGUACUGCCCGACAUGCAAUGCGCCACUGCACCUGGACACCAGCCGCGGCGGAAACGUGCUGGAUAUAGAAAAAAUCAGCAAUAUGGUGCGCGCAGUGUCAGUAAAUGACACCAGAUCACAGGGAACUCCGACCCCGACGACGCAGCAUUGGGAUGAUCCGGGAAGGCCGCAGAGCCGGGGGUCGAGCGCGCGACCUGGUGGUGGUGGAUCGAAUGGUCACCGGGAUGCUCCUCGAGGAAGCCAGCGGGACAGCCGCGAGAGUCGGGAAGCGCCGCCUUCGGAUCACCGCUACAACGGCCCGAGACACGCGCGGAGUGAUAGUGAGGCGACGGGUGUUGCCUCUUCGGGAGGAUACCCAGAAACGACGCAGAGCGGACCACCGCGGCGACACGAUUAUGAUGUUCAGGCCAUGGAGACCUCGCUCGCCAGCCCCCGGACGGUCACUCGGAAUCCCAUCCCCGCGCCCACGGUUACGGUGCGGUCAGAGUUUCCCACCAUCACGAGGUCACGACAGCAGCAGACGCUCACCUGUCUAGUAACGGUGGAGGUGCCGGAUAUCAAGUGGCGGCCCGACCCAGAAGACCUGCAGGCCGCCCCUCCGCCGUUGGCGCCACCGAGAGCCGAGGAGCAGUUCCACAGGGCGCCUUCACCAGCGCAAAGUGCGCCGCGGUUCUAUCCGUACGAGUCGGCAGAGGUGCUGGCCGAGAUGACGGAGAGCCUGCGCAACCGGGUAGACAACUGGCAUGGUUUGGACUUCAGCCGAUUUGGAAAGCUUCGAUUGUACGGCACACUCCGUGUGGGCAAGGACAAAGUGUCAUGGCAGGAGCUCGAGUGUUUCCUGUUUGCAGAGAUGCUCAUCUGCGUCAAGGAGAAGAAAUCUGCGCAACAACCAUCACAGUGGGAGGACCAGGAUGCGCCACGGAAAAGCACACGCUGCACGCUCAAGGGAUCGAUUCUCAUCAAGAAGCAUCUCAACGAGGUGUCGUACAGUGGCAGCAUGGACGAGAACAUUCUCACCCUCAGCUUAUCAGUAGCCGAGCUGCCCCAAUUCCAUCUUCGGUUUGAGAACCGAAACCAGCUCAAGCUGUGGCAGCAGGCCCUGUUGGACCUCAACGCUGUUGAGACGUCGCCCGUACGCAGUCCUGAAUAUGACCGUGGCGAGUUUUCAGAAACAGAUGAGGAUGACUGGCAAAGAACACCUGGCUCUGGCCGACCACAACGAGUGUCGUCCCUGGCUUCCUCAUGGGGCGGCGCCAAGUCGGCCACAACUGCGCCUACCGAGUACACCAACUUUGCGAGGAGCCCUCUUCUGCCCUCGAUUCAUGUGCCUGUGGAUGUUGUGGUGGUGGUGCCCAUUUCGGCUUCGAUGCAGGGUGUCAAGAUCAACCUGGUUCGCGAUGCUCUUCGGUUUAUGGUACACACGCUCGGCGACCGUGACCGCAUGGGCUUGGUGACCUUUGGAUCAUCUGGCGGCGGCGUACCUAUCGUUGGCAUGACGACCAAGGCGUGGCCUGGCUGGGGUAAUGUUCUGAACUCGAUCAAGCCCGUUGGACAAAAGAGCCACCGUGCUGAUGUUGUCGAGGGCGCCAAUGUGGCCAUGGAUCUGCUCAUGGGCCGCAAGUACAACAACCCCAUCGCGACCAUCAUGCUGAUCAGCGAUGCCUCCACCUCGGACGCCGACAGCGUCGACUUUGUGGUAUCGCGCGCCGAAGCAGCCAAGAUCACCAUCCACUCGUUUGGUCUCGGUAUGACCCACAAGCCGGACACCAUGAUCGAGCUGUCCACCCGGACAAAAGCCUCGUACACCUAUGUAAAAGACUGGAUGAUGCUCAGAGAGUGUCUCGCCGGCUGCCUCGGCGCCAUGCAAACUCUUUCUCAUCAAAACGUCAAGCUCAAGCUCAAGCUUCCCGAAGGCUCCCCGGCCAAGUUCCACAAGAUCAGCGGCGCCCUCCAAAUCACCAAGCGCGCCACGGGCCGCGAUGCUGAGGCGUCUAUCGGAGACCUCCGCUUCGGCGACAAACGCGAUAUCCUCGUCCAGCUAGUGAUCAUCCCAGACAACGCCUCCCAAGAGCAGCUUCCGCAAGACCCAUGGGAUAACAUCGUCUCCGGUCUGGAAGCCCUCGGCGGCCCGAUGGAUCAGGACGAGCAACGAACCCUCUCGGUAGAGGAAGUCCCCCUCAUCCAAGCCGAGCUCAUCUGGGGUGACAUCCUCCGUGACGGCACAUCCCAACACACUCGCCCUUCGCUCCUGGCAAUUACCAUGCUGCCCGCCUCGAACUCGAAGAAGUCGUGGAAUAACUCCCAGCCCAUCCCUCCCCACCCACACAUCGUCCAGCGGAGGAUGGAGCUCUUGACGUCAGACAUGUUAACACGGGCACUAACCCUCGUCUCCCGCGGCCAGCACGACCGUGCCCACACUUUGCUCAACGAAACCCGCUCCAUCCUCAAAGGCCUCGGGAAAGGCGGGUUGCCACCCGUCCCACCGCUCCCCCCAUCGGGAGGCAACAAAUCUCAACCCUCCACCCCCCACCCGGACAACGCCAACCCCUCCCCUACGGCCGGCACCCCAGACAGGAAGAACACACCCUCUCCCACGUCGGGGAACCACUCCUCUGCCGGCAGCUUCCCACCGGUGCCAGGGCAGAUCUCCCGUUCCAGAUCGACAGACGGACUGGGGGUGAUGGGAACAGCAGCGGGGAUAGACACGAACACGGUUGCGGCGCUGGAUGCCGAGCUGGAGAGCAGUCUCGAGUGGAUCAACCACCCGGCCGUGUUUGGGCGGGACAGCAGGAAGGCGGUGCUGCAGGCGAUCGGGGUGAUCAGCAGCCAGAGGGCGUUUACGUUCCGGACGCCGAUUGAGAGCCUGUGGGCGGGGAGGGUGUCGGGUGUGAAGAAGCUGACGGAAAAGUCAAGGGAGUGGAGGGAGGAGGGGGGAGGGGAGGGGGGGAUCAUGGAGGAGGCUUAG